AUGUCACCCGGGUACCAGCUCUUGGACGAUUCUGUCCAGCCUCCAGCCACCAUGUUCUCUCUCAAGCAAACCAAACUCAUUCGACCGCCCCCGGACAUUGAUCCGUCACAGCCGCGUCCAGGGAGCACAUCCUAUCUCUAUGCUGUCACAGUAUUUGUCUCCCUCGGCGCUUUCCUCUUUGGAUAUGACCAGGGGGUUAUGGGUGUGAUCGUCGCAGACCAGCGAUGGAUUGACUUGAUGCAACCGGCCAACUCCUGGGUCACCGGGACUGUCGUGUCUCUCUAUGAUGUUGGAUGUUUCAUCGGUGCAAUGUCUUUGGGAUAUUUGGCCGAUCCACUUGGUCGCGAACGUACCCUGUCGAUUGCCUGCAUGGUCUUCAUCGUGGGUGCCCUUAUCCAAGCGGCUUCCUAUACAAUCACGCAAAUUACAAUUGGUCGUGUUAUCUUAGGGUUUGGUGUCGGGGCUUGCGCUGGUGGUGUACCUCUUUAUGUUGCUGAGCUGUCACCCCCAGCAAUUCGAGGUCGCAUUGUGGCCAUCGAGCAGAUGAUCCUUUGCUUCGGCGAACUAGUUGCUUUCUGGUUGAAUUAUGGUUUCAAUUUUCUAGAGAUGGAUGACUGGUGGCGCAUCCCCUCGCCAUUCAAAUUUUGCCCGCAUUGGUCCUGGCCAUUGGCUGCUGAAGCUGCAGAAAUCGAGAUGCUGGAGAUUAUGGGCUCUAUUGAGUUUGAGCACACGGUAAGUGAAGCCUCGUGGGGGGACAUGUUCAAGAUGCCGGUGCUACGCGUAACUCUUCUUGGAAUGGGCGUGCAAUUCCUACAGCAAAUCACGGGCACCAAUUCAAUCCUUUACUACACGCCAUCUCUCUUCGAGCGUGGCGGCAUUACAAACCCACGGACAGCCAAUCUCGCUACCGGCGGCGUAGGAGUCGUUCUUUUUGUCUUCUCCUGGGUACCGAUCUUUUACUUUGACCGGCUGGGUCGAAAGACCUGGCUUCAAAUCGGAACCGUAGGCAUGAUGGGAGCUAUGAUCGGGAUUACUGUGUUACAGUGGCACGCAGAACACAACCCGGGUGACAGUGCCAACUACACGAUUAUCAUGUUCCCGUAUCUCUUCUACGUCUUUUUCAAUAUCAGUUGGGGCGUUGGGUCCUGGACUUACGCGGCUGAAAUUUUCCCCGUUUCGAUGCGAGCAAAGGGCAAUGCCCUCACGACGGCGUCCCUGUGGGCUGCUUGCUACAUCGUUGCUCAAGCCAGUCCUCCCAUUGCUGAUGCAAUUGGCUGGGGAUUAUAUAUCAUCUACACCGGGAUCUGCGUUGUUGCAUUCCUCUUUGUUCGAUAUUGUCUAGUUGAAACCCGUGGACGAACCCUGGAGGAAAUGUCGCGCCUCUUCGGCAUCGAAAGUAGUCUGGCGGAGCGUAGCGGUAUCAAAUUAGCGACUGAGGAGCAUAUAGAGGAUACACACGCAUCUACGUCCAACUUGUGA